AUCCUUACCCAAAAUAGCUAUGGCUACCUAUCUCUUAUUUCUCAUCAUAGCAGCUUCUGCAUUUUCAACAUAUAAUGCUGAUGUAAGCAUCGACUGUGGAGCAUCUGAAAUUUACAGUGAUGACCAUUUCAUCGGUUGGGUUGGAGAUGCUGACUUCAUCAAACAUGGUGAAGCCGUAGUGGUGCAAUCUAACAAAUCAGUUUAUAAACCGAUGGCCACUCUAAGGGUAUUCACUGACAGGAAGAAAAACUGUUACUCCAUUGAUGCUUUCAAGGGAUCUCAAGUUCUUGUCCGAGCUAGUUUUUUCUAUGGAAAUUAUGACGGCAAAUCAUCUCCUCCAAGUUUUGAUCUACAAUUUGAUGGGAACAAUUGGACUACGGUGGAGACUUCAAGUGACGUAGUUGUUUCCUACGAAGCUAUUUAUGUCACGAAGGGGGAUACCAUAAGUGUAUGUGUAGCACAGACAUCUCCUAACAUGUUUCCCUUUAUAUCAGCUAUUGAAGUUCGGACCUUAGACAUGAAAAUGUACGGCCAUUUUGAUUCAAAUCAUGCUUUGAUGUUAAGGAGGAGGGUUGCUUAUGGCGCUAAAGAAAUAGUUAGGUAUAACGAUGAUAGUUACGACAGAAUAUGGCUUCCGGCUAUCAAUGGAGGUGAUUUCACAGUUCUUACAAGUGCUGCAUUAUUGAUUGAAGUUAGUUUGGACGAUAGGCCUCCACAAGCUGUGUUUCAAAAUGCAUUUGCCACUAACAGCACUGCCAUAUCCAUAACAUUAGGGACUAAUCUUCCCAUAACUGAAGUUCCAAUUUACAUGAACAUGUACUUUUCGGAAGUUUCAAUACUUGAUUCAACCCAGAAAAGAUCCUUUGAGCUCUACAUAGAUGGCAAGCCUAGCUCGAACCCCUUCAUUCCAUCCUAUGGAGAAGCAGGAGAAAUUUUCCUGACUAACAUCACUGCCUCUUCCAACACUACCUUCUCUUUGGUAGCCUCAUCUGAUUCAACACUGCCUCCUCUUAUCAAUGCCCUGGAAGUUUUUACCAUCAGUGAUGAGCUAACAGAUGGAACCAAUAGUGAUGAUGUGCAAGGAUUGGCCUCACUACUGUAUGAAUUUAAUGUACUUGGAGACUGGGGUGGUGACCCUUGUCUUCCUUCACCAUAUUCAUGGGAUUGGAUCAAUUGCACCUCUGCUUCCACAACCCGAGUAACAGCAUUGCAUCUCGGUAGCUUUGGUCUAUCUGGUGUUCUUCCUGAUUUUAGCUCCAUGACAGCCCUCGAGAUAAUAGAUUUGCACAAUAACAGUUUAAUCGGGUCUAUCCCAGAAUUUCUUGGCACCUUGCCUAAUCUAAAACAAUUGAACUUGGCCGAUAAUGGGUUUAGUGGACCAAUUCCUUCCUCAAUAUCAGAGAAUAACAAGUUAAAAUUAGUUGUGACAGGCAAUCCGGAUUUGUGUGUCUCUAGCAAGUCAUGUAAAACAGCUGGUGACUCCCCAGCUUUCUUCUCAAGCAGCGGCAAGAAAAAGAGCAAGGUACCAGCAAUACUUGGAACCACAAUUCCAAGUUUUGUACUUCUUUGGGUAAUUGGAGCAGUUUUUGCCGUGCGUCAUCAUAAGAGAAAAACAGCAGCCAUUGCAGCCGGUAAUGCAGGGCAAGCUGGGGGAGACAACAAGCCUAAUGGCACGUCACCAAUGGCAGCGAAAAUGCAGAUGGCAGCCAACAAUUUAGCCCAAAAUCUAGUCAAAGAAUUUAAAGUGAACAUCCAGGAGCAGGAGGGGCAGCAGCAACAAUCAGAUCAAGAGCCUGUCGACCAAAACGAUCAACAAAAUAGUCGUGAAGGGUGUUGAUGAUACUGUUAAUCAUUAGACCGUCAUGAUCUUAACAGCCUAAGCUGUAUGUUGGAGUGAUCUUAAACAGCUCAGUCAAUUAUGAAUCGACUUUGUUCCAUUGUCUUGUGCUGCAAUCAAUUAUGAAUUAAUUAUUAAAAAAUAUAUAUAUGGAUCGACUUUGUCUAUAAUUAGAUUGGGUGGGCUGUCUGCCAAGGCCCACUAGCCCUGU